CCGAUAAAGUACUCAUCCAAUGCCGUCGCGUAUUAAUUUAACUGUUAAUUUUCAAUGAGAAUCAUGUGACGGAGCGCGCGCAUUAAAAAAAGUUUUUUUUAAAUAAAUUAUGCACACAGAAUUGUAGAGUUGACAUAUAAAAACUCUUUUAAAGAUCGAUAUUAUAUCGCAGUAAUAUAUUAAUCGUGUUCUAAUAGUGUUAUGUUUAUUGUGAAGGUGCUCGUGUAUAUAAACUAAUUAAUAUUCAGUUGUCGAAAUAUUUACGUAACGGAGUGGAUAUUUGGUAUUUAGGAACAAGAUUUAUUUAUAUUGAUUAAAACCUCAGCUCAGGAACGAUGCGGCUUCAUUUAAGGAAACUCCCGUAAAGCGCCAUCUAUCGGCAGUUAAAAUGAACUAUCCAGAUUUUGACGUUUAGACGCAAUGCCCCGUUUAAAAUAUGCAUCAAUUCUACGAGUGCUGCUUAUACUGGGCCUGUUUUGCCUCUGGGUACAGAUUAUGCUGUCAGCGACGAAUGGCGCUCUGGACAAAGAUGGCGAAGAGUUGAUGAAUUCAAACGAAACAUCAGAACAGGUCCUGGCGCUGGUACCACCUGAACUACACAAGUACCUGACCGUUCAUCCGAAGAACAGCAGUGCGAACGCGACAGAGCGAUACAGUCCCAAGAAUGUAUCAGACAUACUGCGUGCCAUUCAAAGGGCGAACGAUGCCCAAACUAUACACAACGAAGAUAUAUUUGGUCCCGUUCAGAACGAUACAAUCAUUAUUGCAAUUCAAGUCCACACUCGUCUCACAUACCUCCGUCACUUGAUCGUUUCCUUGGCCCAGGCGAAGGACAUCGACAAGACGCUGCUCAUCUUCUCCCACGACUAUUACGACGAUGAGAUCAACAACCUCGUCAGGAGUAUCGAUUUCACGAAGGUGAUGCAAAUCUUCUAUCCCUACUCCGUUCAAACCCACCCCCUGGAGUUUCCUGGUAUGGAUCCGAAUGACUGCCCUCGGGACGCGAAAUUGGAACAGGCGUUAAAAUUGAAAUGUAACAACGCACUGCAUCCGGACCUCCACGGCCACUACCGGGAGGCGAAGUACGCGCAGACGAAACACCACUGGUGGUGGAAGUCGAACAGGAUCUUCAAUCAGCUCCAAUGCACAGCGGGGCACACAGGCAUGGUGGUAUUUCUAGAAGAGGAUCACUAUGUAGCCGAGGAUUUUAUACAUAUCCUCCACCUGCUGAGGGCCACAGCUGAUAAAACGUGUCCCCAGUGCGAGAUAUUAUGUCUCGGGACUUAUCUUAAGACUUAUCAGUAUCACACAACGAGCGAUAAGAGAAAGAAACACCUUACCCUGAACUACAUACAGCAAGUCCGUGCUAUCAGCGAAGAGAGGAGGAAAAGGCAACACGACACGCAAACAUGGAAUUAUCAAGUCUAUCCGAAUUUGUAUGCGAACACGCAAAAGGUGGAAAUAACUCCAUGGCAUUCAAGCAUGCAUAAUAUGGGUAUGGUGUUUAACAGAACGGUCUGGACGAAUAUACUGGAACUCCAGGACCAGUUCUGUGCGUACGACGAUUACAAUUGGGACUAUUCGUUACUCCACCUGUCACAGAAUAGACCUGGAAGGGAGAAGUUCAAGGUGAUAUUGUGUAAAGGGCCCAGGGUUUUCCAUAUUGGAGAAUGCGGUUUUCACCAUAAGAAGUCCAACUGUAACGCGUCAACAGUUAUCAGCAAAGUGCAGAAGUUACUCCAGGACGCGAAGUCCUACCUGUUCCCGCCACGAGUGACGGCAACAAUCAGCGCUGGUGGCGCGAAGCACAAUAAGAAACUAACGAAGGGAAACGGAGGUUGGGGCGAUUUGAGGGAUCAAGAGCUGUGCACCAACAUGACAAAAGUGGAACGUCAAAUGAGGAAAUACACAUACUACACGUAGUCUAUAUGAUACAGGUCUGCUAUACCAAAUACAACAAACUAAAACGUAAUUAUAAUAACAUUUUGACAGUUCGUGACGUACGCAUCCGUCCGCCAUCUUGUUGCAUCUGUCAACUGUCAUUAUUUGUAUGUGACAGGUGGGAGAUUUUGAAUCGAAUCGAUAUAUACUUUAUUGAAUUACUUGUAAGCGUUUUUUUUUUUUUUUUUUUUAAUUUAACGCAGCCAGCGAUACGUAAUGUAGAUUAUGUCGAAAAGCGUCUAGAUCAUUCUUCAAGCUUCUAAAUUCAUUGAAAAUUGUUUUAAUUGUAUGUGAUAAAGUAUAUUUUGAACCAAAAUAAAGAGCGAAACGAUAUUGCUUUAGAGACGUUACAUAAAAAAGUUACACAAAAAGUUGGACUUAAAUUUAACUUAUUGUUUAAAUAAUUAUAUUAUAAAGUCAUUAAUUCAAAGAUAGAUAGCAUAGAUAUUUGCGUUAACCUUCAAGUGCCGAGGUGCUAAACACAAAUAAAACGCAAGACUGGUCUCUCAGACCACAGUAAAUAAAUUAUGUUUUAUAAACAAUUAUGAUUGGUGAAAUUAGUUUUAUUGUUGAGUUUAAAAUUAUAAAAACUAUUUUUUCAUUAAUCAGCCAUAAUACUUUAAGUGAGCUCUUACGUAACUAGCAGUAUUGUACGUAUUACGAACUUAUUAAUUUAAUUCACGUAGACACACUAAUAUAAAUUUAAUAUAAAAUUCACGAAAGGCACGGAGAACACGUAAAUUGAGAUAGAAAUAAUAAUUAAAAAAAAAAAAUCGCUAUAUAUCGCUCCUGCGCAGUUGGCUAAACCCUCUUGUGAUAGGCCGUCGUGGCCAAAAUCAGUCUGGAGGACAUUAUAUAUAUACAGACAGGACAAUACAUAUGUAUUUUUAUAAAGUAAGCAUUCGCUAAGAAUUUUAAGGCGUUUAGGUAUGUAUGUAAAGGCUCAGAUGUGAUAAAAAAAAUGCGCGCCUAGAAUGUAAGACUUAAACAUAAAUGUGUUAUCAUUUGGAAAAUGAUUAGAAUGAUUGUAACCGCAUCAAAAUCGAUGAAGUAGUUUAAACAAAUUGUGCUAAUUAAUAUAUUUAGGCAUUGUUUAGGUCAAAAAAAAAUCUAGUCUUAAGUUAAUUUUUUUUUUAAAUUAAAUUUUAAUAUUUUUUUAAAUUUCGGUCGUUGCUAGAAAGUUCAUUGUUUGUCUGUGCCGUUGCCUGGCAAAUGUGAAGCAUUGAAUUUUUUUGCAUUGUAGUUAACAAAAAUAAAAUAUACCGAAUUUUUUUAAAGAAAAUUAUACUGUUUGUGUAAUAAACAUUUAUAUGUAUUUAACACAAAAAUGGCGGCACGCCAACUUUCUGUUUCAACAUCACAUAAUAUUUAAAAUUGAAUUUCAUCUCAAUAUUCUUUAAUAUAUCAAGAAGAUGAUAAUUUUAUCGCACGUUCUACUUCACUUCAAAGGCUGGCAACACAUCAUGGCGCUGGGAGUCACGUUCUAUCAGUGACAACAUUCGCCCUCCCCCCCUAAAUAAAUAUAAAAGUACAGCGUCACAGAUAUGUCAGGAUCGUUUCGCAUCAUCGUAUUUCAAAAUGAUAUUAGUUUAUCUUAAGGCUAAAUAUUAGGCUCCAUUUGACAGGUCUGUUAGACCAUAUCGUACUUGAGGGUUAAAAGAAAAAAAAAGUGAGCUGUCAAAAUGUUAUUAAUAAACUGACAGUUAAGUAUAAGAGUUUUUUUUUUUUAAAUUAAGAUAUUUCGUUAUUUUUUCACAAACAUUAAGGUGCUUCAAAGUUUCUAGUUGUUUUGCUUCAUAUGUAUAAAUCACAGUAUUAUAAACUUGAACUGUUAUAUCUGUCCUUGUCUAAUAUAUGAAUUGUUUUUAUAUGCGAGAGAGAGAUGGGUAACUAUUAGAGCCAAAGGUCGUAUGUUGAAAUUGUGUACUUAAGAUCAUAACUAACUUCUUAUACAUAAUUUUUUGUUUCCAUGGCAACGGUUUUGUUUAUGUCGCUUACAAUCAUGUUUGUUAUCAAAUUUUUACAUAAGACUUUUCGGACUUAGAUACGUUUUAUUUUAUAUAAGUAUAAUUAUUAUAUAUUUCGUUUUGGAAUCUAUGUAUGAUAUUUGAUAUUGUAUGUUUUUUUUAUUUCGUUCUUCCUGACGGUACUUUUUUUUUGUUUGUCUAAUUUUUUUUUAUAAUUUUCAUUCUUAUAUGUAAUAAUUGUGUAUGUUAAUAAAAGUGCGUUCAUUUAAUUUUUUCUGUUGAUUAAUAUCGUAUCUCGUCUCGUAACGCUGGUGGUCCCGGUACUUGAAUACCGGUCCAGAAAAGUUGUAACCCUAAACUUUGAUUUAGUAAUUAGCAUUGUAUACAAUAAGGUCGUGUCGGAUUGCCAUCCCAUCGGAUUAGGAGUUAGGGAAUAGAGUGCAUCUGUUUGCGCACUCUUCCUCAUGUCUUGGACAGGCGACUAAAGUCUCUUGAUAAUGACCGCAGUGGAACGAUCACGAUGACGUCACCGUUGCCAUUCAAAAGUAUUGAUUGGAAAAGAAGUAUGACUGUGAUAUAUAAAUGUAAACACUUUUUUUUUUUAUAAAUGUCUUACAAACACACCGUUGAAAAAAAUGCUCGAGCGAUUAAAAUUUAAUGAUAAAUAUUCGUCGAUCUAUAAUUAUAUUGUAAAUGCUAAAAUAGUUCUGAUGAAAUCUUAAAAGCCCACUUAAGACUUAGUAUACGCCUAAAGGAACUUCCUUUGAAGUCCAACUUUGACUUAAGACACUAUUGACGUCGGAAGAUACCAAGCAACUAAUAUUGUUUUGAGCCUUAUAUAUGUAUAAAAAAAUCUUGCCAGCGCGAUUCAGAAGUAUGUAUUAAUCGAUCAACGCCAUCUAUUGGUACUAAACUGUAACACUUAACAAUUACUACAGGACUUUCUUUAACGCACUUUUAUUGACACGAUAUAAUAUUCCAUUCAAAAUAAAUUUUGUACAAAUCGUAAACAGGAAUUAAACUUUAACAUUUAAGCAAAAUUUCAAUGAUAUGUAGGCGUAUUCAAAUUGAGAACGUUAGUUAUAGAAAAUUCGUUACUACAGUGUUGUCAUCUGUUAAAAAUAUAAUAAUCAGCUUGAAUCAAAUUGUCAAAACUGACAUUUAAGACAAAAAUUUUGCAUUUAAAAUAUUGAAUAAAAAUGUUUCUUUUAACGAUGAUUAUUAUUUACUUUCCCUUAAAGUUUACAGAAAUAAUUACAUUUUAUUAAUAUUUUAUACAAAAUGGUAAAUAAUAAUAGUUAAGCCUGCAUAACGCAAUACCCUUAAUUGCGAAUUUUAAUCCUUUAAAAAAUAUCUUUAGCAUACUAACUGCAAAAUUUCAGUAUGAGUAAAUUAAUAUUUUUUUUAUAAUCUUUUUGUUGUAUAUAUUGUGUAUUUUUUAUCUGUGUUAAUUGUUUUGUAACGUUCUUUUAAUUUUUGUAA